UUCUAUCGCUGUCAUUUAUGCCUCGAACAUCGAACAAAUAUCCCCUCGGGAAUCCUGAAGAUCGAAACUGCAAAAAUGGAGGCAGUGAAGACUCCUCGACGGAACAGUUUCUUAACUGUUGCCGUGACUGUGAACAUUUUGUUCAGUGCUGUUUCCAUCGCGUUCCUCAUUUACAAAGUUCGAGUGUUAGAGGAGCACGUUUUACAGCUUCAGGACGACCAGAGAUAUCACGCUGAGGCAACUAAAGAAAAUGAACGGGCAGAUUUAACGCAUCGAAACAAGAGAGCUGUUGAGUCUCUUGGAAUGUCAAAAAGCUGCAGCAGUUGCCACGAUGCUUGCGUUCACUUAUUUGGACUCGGAGCUUCUGCAAAGGUUACUACUAAAAUUAGCAAUGACACAGAUCAGGAGGUUAUCUGCUUACGAGAUAUCCCAGGGAUUGAAAAGAAGCCACCACCCAGUUUAACGGCGAAAGAGGGACGCAAAGUCUCCUUGCCUUGUUCCCCCAAUGGUUAUCCAAAACCAGAGAUCACGUGGUACAAGGAUGGGCAAAAGAUGGACAGUAGACUCUACAACAAAGAGACGGGAGAGUUGACGUUUCCCAGUAUUCAAUUCAACGAUCGAGGCUUGUAUAAAUGUGAAGCCAGGAAUUUCCUGGGCGUCGAGUCGGCGACUGUAAAAGUUGUUGUCGAAAUUACUCCAAGAUUUGUUGAGAAGCCUGAGACCUACCACACAGCAUACGAAACAUGGGAGACGACUCUGUCAUGCAACAUCUUCGGCUUCCCCCCACCAAAGAUACAGUGGACUCGCUCAUUCAAAAAGCCAGUAACUGUUGAUCGUCACGUGGUGGCGGGUAACGAUUUGGUGAUCAAAGACAUUAGGCUGGAGGACAGAGGGCCGUUCAUGUGCCGAGGGGAAAACCACCUGGGUCAUGUAUAUGCACUUAUUGUGCUUGAUGUGAAACCCGUCGUUCCUCCAGCAAUCACCACAGCACCAUCUUCAGUUGUUAAGGUAACAAAGGUCGAUGACAGUUUUACUUUGCAGUGUGCUGCACGUGGGUCUCCUGUGCCCAGUCUAGAGUGGAGCAAAGAUGGAGUGAUUAUUUCAACCAACACCACUGUGAAAACUGAGGACGAAGUGAAAGGAAAACUUGUUAUUUCAAGUUUUGGCCCCUCUGACCAGGGGGUGUACAAGUGUUUCUUUAAAAACUUCGACAACGGUACUGCAGAGAUCAGUACCACUGUAGCUUGUAUAGGAUGCGGCGAGCCUCAUGUUCCCAUGAACGGAUACAAGGUUGGAGAGAAUUACUGGGCAGGAGAGAUGGUUAUUUUCGCCUGUGACACAGGAUACCACUUGGAAGGACCUACAAAUAGACUGUGCUUGGAAAAUGGCACCUGGAGUAACGUGGUACCGACGUGCAAUUGUUUAUGCGAUGAACCUGCUCCUCUCGAGAAUGGUUACAGAAUAGGAAAUAAAUUUUGGGAAGGAAAAAAUGUCACAUACAAGUGUAACGAAGGAUACCAUCUUCGUGGACCACACGUCAGAGCUUGUGAUAAGAAUGGAAACUGGACGGGAGAAGAUCCAACUUGUGAAGGGCCAGUGUUCGAGCACUCAGAAAUUCUACUAAACAAUACAGAAUACUGGGAGCUCCUUAAAGGGUGGCUGGGUCCUGUGUCUACAUUGCCAGCCAAGUGGAGUCUGUGCUACAGAGCCACUGAUCAUGGAUGGAGUUCCAGUACAUUCCACUCGCAGUGUAACAGCUUAGGACCUUCGGUGACGUUUAUUAGAGUGGGAGAGUACAUAUUUGGGGCAUACACCGACCAAAACUGGCAUUCCGGUAGUUCUUACACAGACUCGACUUGGAGUUUCAUUUUCUCGUUUAAAAAUGGUUAUGGACUGGAACCAUUCAAGCUCCACGUGAAAAACUCUGGAAAUGCCAUGUAUGGAAAUAACGGUUAUGGACCAACAUUCGGUGGUGGACACGACAUUUACAUCGCGAACUCUGCAGGCUCCAACACGAAUUCCUACACCAACUUGGGUCACACGUAUGUUCCUCCGGCUGGGUACAAAUACUCCGCGAGUGACACGAGAAGCCUGUUGGCAGGCACUUACAAUUUCCAACCCCAUGAGGUGGAAGUGUUCUAUCAGACUCACAAGAACUGAUGUUGGUUACAAGACCCGGAUGAAGUUAGCGAUUUCUCAUAACAGAUGUAAACUUUUUUCAUCAAAGGAGGUGCACCACGAUUCGAGCAUCUUAAGAACCUCACCCUAAAUCUUUAAAGUUCAUUAUUUUCAAUUUGUUUCAAUUUCGUCCCUACCUAACCAUCCCUGUCUUCUUUUGGUAUAUCUUUUCCUUAGCAAAACGCGUUAAUCUCCCGUAUUUUCAAUUAUCUCUGUGUUCUUUGAGUUUAUCUCUCCCUCUCUUAGGUUUAUCUAUAGCCUCACAACUUUUCUUUGAAGGUUUCGUUUCAGUUUAAGACAAUUUCAAACAAGCAAAACACAGCUAAGAAUCUAGACAAAACCAAACAAAAGAGGCCGAGUAAAAAAAAUUUAAAAUGAAGUCCUUAACGUAGAUACACUGAGGAUAACUAAGGUCGAAAGUGAGUCGCUCUAGCAAUGAAGAACCGGUAACAAAUCUAAGAUAAUCCAUAAAACAUCUAGAGCCGGUAAAGACCGAGAAUGCUUCGAAAGCUACGCACAACAGUCAGGGUCAGCACUGAUUAUGAUAAUUAACAAUUUUAAAUCAGUACGGCUGUUCAGGUGUGAACUUUUUCUUUCAACCCUUUGAUUCCUUAGAGUGACGAGCAUCUAAAUUCUCCUCACAAUAUCACCCCCGAAUCUCACAUUACAGUCACCAGAAUGGAGGAAAUGAUUACUAAAGAAACUUUUGAUUAUCAAACUGAUUCUCCACGUCAUAAUUUUACGAAACCUAUUGAGAACAGUUUGGAUAACGUAUGCAUAUAACCAUACAGAUAUUAAGGUGUAAGGGUUAAGCAACUAGGAAAUUAUGAACUCCAACUGACGAUUGCUAUUUUUCGUUUCCCGUUGCUUUUGGUAGCGGGCCAAUUUUAGCUCGUCGUAGACAUGGAGAAAUCAAGUUAUUGGUUUUCCGCUUAGAACUCUGCAGGUUUUCGAUAUUUCACUAGCAAGAAUAAUGCUGGCAACAUCUAUUCAAAAAUUCGUUUCAGUAGACCCCUGGCUUGCAAGGUUACAAACAGUAGACGUAAGACAUCGAAAAAUUUAGUUUAAUAUAUUACGCCGCUUUUUCUGGAUUAAUUUUUGCGAUAUUCAAGUAAGAAAAUUAAAAGAAGAUUUAUUGAUA